AUUCUACACAUAAUAUAAAAUAGAGGGCCUCUGCAGGAUUUUUCGCGUUAAGGGUGACCACCUAGUGGAAAGUGUGCGCCGCCGAAAGUCAUCCCGAGGCCUAAAAUGUUUUUGAAAAUGGGCCCAAUAAGACCCGCAACCAAAUCGCAUCCCUAUAUCUUCCUGGGUAAAAAUAUUGCCAAUGACGCGAAACGCGGCCAAUCGACGCGGGGCGGUGCGAAAAGUAUAGUGUUCGCUGGUCAAAAUCGACCUCAAGUCCAUAGGACAGAGUAAAAAAAAUGUUCAGGAUCAGGAACGCAGCUAUUAACGUGAAUAACAUCACUAUGCUAUUAAAAGCUAAAACAUAAAUAUACCUUGAAUUUUUUACCUAACAAUAAUAAGAAAAUUAAAAGGUAAUUAAUUCGUGAAGAACUGCUCUUAUAAUUUUCAAAGAAAAAUAUAGUUAAAAAAUGUCUAAAAACUCAUUCCCCUAUUUACCUGUUACACUAUUUUUGACAGAGCAUAUAUUUUCCCUAUUUCUUCGUAUAUUUUGUGAACGAAGUGCAACUUAAAAGAAUUGGAAGUUUUUAGGUCUUGUUCACUUUAAAUUCUCUUGCAUUACAGGUGUACAUAUAUGCAGGUUUUACAAUACAAUGGAAGAAAUACUGAAAAAAGGUAUUUAAAUUAUUUUUAAUUAAUAGAAAACUAUACAAGUGGGUGCAUGGGACUCUCAAACUUUGACAUAAACCAUAUUCAAUAUUAAAAAACACGUGAAUUAUUUCAAGGUGAAGAAGGUAGUCCCAUCGGACAGGCAAACCUAGGGUUCUUUAAAACGGACGGCCAGAUAAUCAAUGCAAACAACGUCUUUGUACUAGUCGUCCACUAUGAUUUUGAGAACCAACAAAGAGCUCGAAAAGGGAAUUAUCGUUACGUGCAGAACCUGAAGACAUCUUUCGGGAAAAACAGGAAUUGCAACUUUCGUGAUCUGAAGUCACCGAAAAAAGAGCAUCUGCUCGAUAUUCUUGGCGAUCAGGAUAAGCUGCUACGGUUUUUCUCCUCGAAAGAUCCCCCAGACGUAUUUCUUCUCUUUGUGCUUUCUCAUGGAUAUGAAGAUGGCAUCAUUCAUACCGACCACUUGCUCAACGAUCAGAAAACGCUCGAUCAUUUCACGACGGAUGAAAUGUUUGACUCGAUUAAAAAGUUGACUAAGUUCGAAAAGAGCCUCAAACUGAUCAAUAUUGGCCCAUGUCGUGGAUUAUUGGCCGACUCCAAGUUCAGCAGUAAUGAGGACGAGCGUGAAGAAACGUACACAAACCGUAACUCUUGCAAAAUCACAUUCAUUCCCGCAAUUCACAAUUUGGUGGUGUUCUACUCUACUGUCGAAACAACGAAAGCAAACACAAGUGAACGUGGGUCAUGGUUUGUAGAAAAAUACUGCGACUGUUUGAAUCAGACUGAGGAAAAGCCGUUGUUGACUUUCCUCUCGAUGAUGCAGAAAAUCGUGCACAUUGCGUCGCGCACAAUGACAAAUUUAAAAACAGGCGAUUCCCUGGGUCAGACGCCAGAAGUAAAGAUGUUCACUCAAGACCGAGAAUUCUUCAUUUCAAAGACAAUGAUUGAUCCAGUAACAUAUCAAAGCACAGAUGGAGAGAUGGUGAAACCAGGGUCAAAUACGACGAAUUCUGAAACUUUCGCAUGGAAGACUGAUGAAGGACAGAAUAUAAGAGGUCGAAACGCAUUCAUUUUGUUUGAGCAACAUGGUACACUAGUGCAAGAACUGGUGAAGUCUGUUCGAAACUUGGAAUUUGAUACAAGAUCGUUUCAACUAAACAAACGCUCGUUAGACUCGUACUUAAAAAUCUGUUGCGAGUUAGAACACGACGUCGGCUGCAUAUUGACAUGCAUAUUCGGCGAAUUGACUGAAAACGACGCAAAGGAAGUUUGCAUUCUCGUUGACCAAAAAGAAAUGCCAAUCACAGAUAUUCUGCAUAGCUUUGUCGGUCCAAAAAACGCCCAGUGGAUCGGAAAGCCAAAAAUAAUUGUUCUAAUUAACCAAGAGGCCUUGGAAUGUGAUGCACAUUUGCCAGAAAAAAUGCUAAAAUUAGAUAUAUCGGCUACAAAUCACAGUGGCUGGCUGGUUCUGAUUUUAAAGGAUAAUGAAUUCUUAGAAAAAUUGAUCGGGAUCUUCAAAUGCGAGGAUCUCAAAAAUGGGAAAAGCCUUCAAGAACUUUUGUAUCCUUUGCUGAUUACCGAGUCAAAGAAGAACACUGUUUUGCUCAACUCAACGCUGCAAUACCUUCUCGACUUCCCCGUCUGGCCACGCACUUUCGUCAGUCAAAGUUUCAGUUUAAGGGUUAAUGAUAGCUCGACGGUCAAUAUCAUAGAAUUUGAUGAGAUAGUUAAAGAAGCGAAAAAGUCCUUUGAAAAGGGUCAAGUUUGGCUCAUGAGUUCCGUUGCCGGUGCCGGAAAAACGACAGUUCUUAAAGAAAUUACAUACCAGCUCGGAAAAUCCAACCCCGACUUAAAAAUUUUGUAUAUCUCGCUUAAGAAACACUCGUUUACCAUUUGGAAAAUUUCCAGACUGAAUCAGUUCCUUGCAAAGGCAACAAAUCAUUCCACAGACGAUAUAAAACUGUGGAUUGAAGAGAAAAGAGCUGUUGUUUUCUUUGACGGAUUUGAUGAAAUCUGUCCUGAUCUUUGUGAAAACGUUAUCACAUUUUUCCAUACUUUGAAAGAACAGCAAGUUCCCAUGUUUAUCGCAACAAGACCCCACGAGGCUGAAAUAAUACAGGAACGAAUAAAUUGCGAAGUACUCUUAGGAGUUGAUCCUCUGAACGAAGAAAAGCAAAUCGAAUUUUUGAAGAUUGUAGCAGGAAAGAACGAAAAAGAAUGCAAGCAGUUUAUACAAGAUUUUGAGGAAAAGGAUAUCCUGGAGAAUCCAUUGCACCUCUCAUUGAUAGCCUCUAGCAAAAGCGAAGGAAACUUGUAUCAAAUUUACGCGAAGGUUGUUGAAACGAAACUUGAACUCUGUUUAGUGAGGGAUGGAUUCGACAUUAAUAACAAGGGCAUUUUCAGUUUAAAGAUGCAUAUGGCUUCGAAUCAUCUUCAACUGAUUGCUUUGCGCUUCCUGAGGAAUGAAAGCCUGAUUGGACUGGGAAUAAGAGAGGGAGACUUAGAAAAGAUUAACGAUUACGGCGUCGCGACUGUUCUAGACGGGGAAGUUUCGUUUUUGCAUCAGACGUUUGCUGAAUUCCUGGCCACAAAACAAUUCUUGGAAAAUUUUGAUUCGUCACAAGCAUUGGAUUCAGUGCUAUUUCAAGAUAGUACUUCUGCACAGUGCAGAAAGUUUUUGGACCUAUUCUACUGCAUCCUGGAAAAAGAGGAAGCAGAAGAUUUGAUAGAUCACACGGAAGCUCUUUUAGCUAUCGCCAAAUCUAUUGGUCCUGUAAUUUUCUUGGAAAAGGUUAUUGAAGAUAACCUAAGACAGGUUUUCAGAAUGGUGAAGCCCCGGAUUUCGUUUCACGCGGAUUCAAAUGCUUCCAUUUGCAUAGAAACAAGCCCGGAACUGUUGAUGAGAGCAAUCGGCAAAGAAGAAAUCGCCAUUCAACUACUGGAAAUGGGAGUUCUUGAUAAAACAGGCUUGGAACAAAAUUUGCCUGAUUUGCUGCGUAAAAUUGAAGAGAAUAAUGCAGUUAACAUCCUGGAGAAAUUGAGAUUGGAAUUUUCAGAUCUGCAAGGUAUGAUUGGUGCUUACUACUCCAAGGAUACAGAAACGAGCAAAAGAUCGAUGAAAGUAGGAUUUGCAGCAAUUCGGAAUGAUUUUGCAAAACUUCUGGAAAUCCUUAUUCAGAGUGGAAUUCGUGCUGUUGAUGCAUUUGAAGAGGAAGAAAACAGUCUCUUUACGGCUUGUAAACAUGGAAGUGUCAAGUGCUUUAGAGUUCUGCUCAAACACGGAGCCCGAAGGGUAUAUUACGCUAGUACCCAACAUGAUCCUUUGAACGUGGCCACAGAAUUUGGUCACCUGGAUCUGGUUAAGGUCCUUUUGGAAGAAAAUUCCAGCAUAUUCAAGCGAGACGAAUCUACAUUGGUUCUCGAUGGGCUGCAAGAUAUUUGGAAUCCUUUCCAAUAUGCAAUCAUGUACGGACGCAAAGAUAUAGCCGAGUAUUUGCUCUCAAAGUGCCCAACUUCGAAUGAUAUUAGGACAAAAGACGGAAAAACUCUUAUGCACUUGGCAGUUCUUAUGAGGAAGUGGGAAGUACUCGAAUGGCUUGCUCAGUUACCAGACACCGAUAUCAAUUAUUUGAACCCGGACACAGGUAGAAAAUUUUGGACGCAAUUUGAGCUUGAAAAUUACGAGCACUUCUUGAUGCUUCAAGGCGAAGUCAAAGAAAAGGAUGAAAAGGGGAGAAGUGUCCUUCAUUACGCUGCAAAAUAUGGUUAUACAGAUCUUGUUGCGAAGUUCAUUAAAGCCGGUGCUGACAUUGAUGCCAAGGACGCAAAAGGCUGGAACGCAUUACACUAUGCUUGUCUUGUAGACAAAAAUAUUGAAACAAUUAAACUACUACAUUCACGGAGCAAACACCUCGCAAAGACAAUCACAAAAGAAGGACAAACAGCUUUGCAUAUUAUGGUGGAAUAUUGUGAUCAACAUGAUUUUGGAAGAGCUAUUUCAAGGAAUGUAGAUAUUGCAAGAUUUUUGGUUGAGGACGCUGAAAUUAAUUUAAGUGUGACGGAUGACCAAAGGAAGAACGCUGCAAGAAUUGCUGUGGAGAGAGGACUAGAAAAAUCAUUAACCAUGUAUCUAAGAGCACAAUACAUUAAUCCCUCAGCCAAGAACGACUUGAAGAAAUCACCGGUAUCUUUAUAUUUAUCAGCAGCUGGUGAAUUAGUGUCCCUGCAGCAGUGGAUUCAACAAGGUGGAGAUUUAUCAAUGAGAGAUGAAUGUGGACGUACGGCAUUGCAAUUAACAGAAGAGAUAGGAAAGUUUAGAUUGUUUCAAAAGAAGACUGGACUCAAUGAACAAUUUGAAGAACGGAACAGUGAGGGCUCGCUUUUGCUAGCCUGUAUACAAAAGAAUUGGGGUAAGGCUAAAAAUUUGCUCAGUACGAAGAAUUUGAGCAUCAACCGGCAAGACAAAGAUGGAAAAACAGCUCUUCACUAUGCUGCAGAAGAAGGAAAUUUGGGUAUAGCUCAGCAGUUACUUAGUCAAAGAGCUAAUGUCCUAUUGAAAGAUCAUAAUGGAUGGACAGCACUGCAUUACGCCAUUCUAACGAAUAAUCAAGUUUUGGUUCAAAAGCUGAUUGAGAGUGGUGCUGAUAUUGAUUCGAAAACUAAGAGGGGAGAGACAGCUCUGCACCUCACAGCCUACAAGGGCUAUACAGAAUUAACGCAAAAAUUGAUAGACUGCGGCGCGAAUGUUAAUUUAAAGAACAAUCAUGGUUUGACAUGUUUAAACUUCGCCACAGUUAAUAGAGAUCAGGAUUUGUUAAAAAUUCUCCUGAAAAAUAAUGCUCACGUAAACGCUGAAUCUCAGUUUUUUGGACAAACCGCUCUGCACCAUGCAGCAAUACAAAAUUAUCCAGAAAUUUUGGAAAUGCUGGUCGAUCACGAUGCCGAUGUAAAUUUAAAAGAUAAAAAAGGAUGGACAGCUCUACAUAUAGCUGCACUUUAUUAUCCAGAACUGAGUCAAAAGCUGCUAGACCAUGGUGCUGAUGUAAAUUCAAAAGAAUUAGAAGGAUGGACUUCUCUGCACAUUGCAGCAAGGUAUAAUCCAGAACUGUGUCAAAAGCUGCUUGACCAUGGUGCUGAUGUGAAUUUGAAGACAAAAUUUGGAUGGACAGCUUUGCACUUUGCUUCGAGAUAUAAUACAAAAUUGUUACAAAAGCUUCUCUACUACGGUGCUAAUAUGAAUGUCAAAGAUAAAGAUGGAUGGACUCCUCUGCACUUAACUACAAGUUAUAAUCCAAAAUCAGUUAAUAUGCUGCUUGACCACGGCGCUGAUGUGGAUUCAAAACUCCAAAAUGGAUGGACAGCGCUGCACCUGGCUAUAGAUUUGAACCGUCCAGCAUCAGUGCUAGAGCUUCUCGUCAAGGGCGCUGAUGUUAAUUUAAAAAAUGUUGCUGGAUGCACCGCGCUUCAACUUGCCAAAGCACAGAACAAUCGAGCACUGGAAGAUAUGCUCCUCGACCAGAGUAUUUGUAAUGGUUUAAAUUCUACGACGGCAACAAUUGAUGCUCUACAACUCGCCAUCGCUUCAAAUAAUUUUAAAGUUGCUGAAGAUCUUAUUAAUAAUUACGGUGAUUUGACUGUGCAGGACAAGAAUGGAAAAAACAUUUUACAACAUGCUUUGAAGAACUUUGAAAUGGUAAAAUACCUGCACGAGAAAAACGGUGAAUUGGUAAAGCAAGUGACAAAUGAUGGAAGCACUAACCUGCACCUUGCAAUCGACAACGAUGAUUGUCCCUUUGAAGUGAUCCAAUGGCUCAUCGAAGAAAUAAAAAUCGAUGUGGAUGCAACGAAUCAAUUCGGUGAAACGGCAUUCAUGAUUGCUUGUAAAAGGAAUCGAAGUGACGUCGUCGAAUAUUUGUUGGCAAAUAAGGGCAUCGACUUAAGCAUAGAAGAUAGAGGUGGGAGGACUGCGCUGCACUAUGCCGUCAGAUCACUAAGUGUGGAUUUGGUGCAGAAGCUUCUCGAUCUUGGCGCAGAUUUGACAAAAAAGGACAAUGACAACAGAAAUGUAAUGUUCUAUGGAUUGAAAAGUAUGGAUAUGAUUUUAUGUCUAAAGAGGAAGAACAUGGAAUUUGUUUUGGAAGUGGAUUGGAGACAAACCACUCUGCUUCUUUAUGCGAUCAUAGAUAGCAUGAUUAAGAGGGAUGUGGUUAAUUGGCUAAUUGAGGAAUCUGGAAUCGAUUUAAAUGCCGCAGAUAUAGAUGGCAAUUCAGCUAUUAUCUUUGCAUGCAAGAAAAGAAAGUGGGAUAUUGUCGAAACUCUGUUGACGAAGGAUGUGAAUAUCCAAGUUAAAGAUGAAGGAGGCAAAAGUCUUCUCCACCAUGCUGCAGAGUCAGGAAACUUGGAUUUGGUGCAGAAGCUGAUCGAACUUGGUGUCAAUCCGUCUUUGAAAGACAAUCUCGGGAAGAAUACAUUGCACUACGCAUUGCAACACUUGGACGUUGUUAAAAGCUUGGACAGAGCACUGGUGAAGGAAGUGACCAAAGAUAAAAACACCUCGUUGCACCUUGCAAUCGGGAUGUAUGAAUAUUCGAUAGAAGUUAUUCAAUGGCUCUUAGAUGAAGCUCAAGUAGACGUAAAUGCUGUAAAUGGAAAUGGAGAGACUGCAUUGAUGACAGCUUGUUCAAAAAAUAGAUUUGAAGUCAUCCGAAUUCUUCUGGAGAAAAAAGCAGACGUCAGCAUUCGGGACAACAAUAGACGAACUGCUCUGCACCACGCCGCAAGAUCGGGACACUUAGACUUAAUUAAACUGCUGUUUGAUCAUAUGACCAUGAAGGAGGUCGAAGAUGGCUCGUCGGACAUCCAAGUGGCUCUCGUUGAGCAUUUAAAACAAGUUGACAAGAAGGACAACACGUUGUUAAUCUUGGCGAUGAAAAGUAGCAAAAAGAUAGACGAGAAGGUGAUUAGUUGGUUGGUCGAGGGCAUCAAAUUAGAUUUGAAUGCAGUUAACAGCAAUGGCGAAUCAGCGCUUCUUCUUGCUUGCAAGCAAAGAAAAUGGGACGCCGUCAAUAUUUUGCUGUCCAGAGAAGACACCGACAUCGGUUCCAAAGAUCAGACUGAAAGAACUCCAUUGCACUGGGCCGCGGCGUCUGGAAACCUGGAUGUAGUUCAGAGGCUGGUCGAGCGUGGCGCUGAUUUGACUUUGAAGGACAGCGACGGAAUGAACGUGAUGCACCAUGCCCUGAAAGACAUUGAAACGGUCAAAUUCCUUCACAAUCUGAACAAAGGGCUUGUGACGGAAAUUACAAAAAACGGAAGCACCUGUUUGCACCUGGCAGUCAUUCGCGGCUCAACUGAAGCGAUUCGUUGGCUCGUCGAUGAGGAAAUCGAAGUUGAUCUGGAUAAAAGCAAUGAGCUUGGAUUGACCGCUCUUUUGCUUGCAUGCCGCAGGAAUAUGUGGGAGGUCGUCGAGCUUCUGGUGGACAACAACGUGGACAUCAGCAAACCAGACCGAGCGGGUAAAACUGCUCUAAAAUACGCUGAAGAAUCAGAACAAUUUGAAUUGAUGGAAAAACUGUGUGUGUUGAGCGAUACUGAAAUGAUUUGAUUAUUAUAUCAGAGCUCUGUAUUGAACUGUAAAUAUGUAGAAAAUUUGUAAUUUUUAAGACCCUUUAAACGGAAACUAAUAUAUUUAAGAGUUUGGCAUUGUACUGAAAAUAUGUGAAAUAUUAAGCGCUUCUAUCCUGUGCAAAAUUUAAGGAUGUACAUAUUAUUUUAAUAAUAAUUAUUAAAAAACGAUAUUUUGGAUUUUAUUGAGGGUAUAUAUUUAAAAAACACAUCACAAUAGUCUCAUUUCCAAGACAGGAACAAAAGUAAAUAAUGCAGCAGGUUGAGUCCUCACUCAGUUGAGCUGGUCUUGCUCCUCAGGUUCUGUUUCAGUGGCAGGGUUUGCCGAGUUUCGCGAGGCAAACAUGUCGUAUAGGUCCCUAAGGGUCAGCAGCUCCUCCUGGCCUUUGGCGUGGCUCAGGACGGCGUGCAGACGCUCUUCCACCGUGCCUCUCACCAGGAAGCGGUGCACCUCGGUCUCCCUGAAGCACAAAACAAUCUCUACCUUGAGCCAGGGUCCAAACUGGGAAGAAAUUUCGACUUACUUGUCCUGGCCGAUGCGGUGGACGCGUCCCAAGGCCUGCAGCUCGCUCGCAGGGUUCAGGAUCGGCUCGAUGAGGAAGACGUGCCGCGCCUCCGUCAGGUUCAGACCCUUGGAACCCCGAGCGACGGGAAGCAGCAGCACCGUCACCUUCUUCUGCGCGUCCUGAACGAACGGUACAACAGCAUUUUCAGUUUUGGAAAGGAUCGAAAUCCGAGAGAAGGGAGAUUCCGGCCUGACAGGUAGGAAAAAUCGACCCUGACAUCAGGUUUAAGGUUUGCAUUUCAGGAAAAUGAUGGAAUUUUUAGUUUGAUUCGUCUAGCUGGGAUAUUUACUUUUGUUUCCAGAUAUUUUUUAUUCGAUUUUUCCCCAACUCUAAAUGUCGGUGCCGGAAUUGUUUCUUAAAAUUCGAUUUUUUAUCUCUCUAACAGCAAAAUAUGAUUUUUGAGAGUCCCGAAAUAUGAUUGGAACGCCAACCAAAGUGAUUUUUUAAAUACUUUUAUAUUGAUUCUUGAAUAAACUUUGUUUAAACUACCUUGAAGAGGUCGAUAGCCUCCUGGAACUUCUUUCCGGAGCCUACCUGAGCGCAGGAAAUGUUGUUUUCGGUCAACGCCCUCUGCAGCACGUCCAGCAUGCUGGUCCACUGCAACGUAACAUAUUUUUCAAUUUCCUUCUCAUUUAAUUCCCCCAACCGAACCCUUUUGCACUAGUUAAUCGUCAAAAAUAAUUAAUUUUCGACACUCACGGCGGAGAAAACGAGAAUUUUGUCUGCAGGGUUGGCGUUGAGGAUGGCCUUGGCGGCGCGGACGACGGCGCCGGACUUGGCCGAGUAGCCCUGGGGCAGCUUCUUGAGGUCGGCCAGGCUGGUCGGCUGCGGCUCUGCGUCGACCUGGCUCUGCUUGCGCGCCUCCAGCUCAGGUUGCAUCAGCGUGUUGACGUAGGAAACCUCGCCGAGCGCCGUCUCCUCGCGGCACACGGCGCACCCGACGCUCCGCUUGUUCGCUUCACCUCCUUAUCCAAACACUCUACACCAGCAUCGUCCACUGCCCAAAUUAUUCAAUUUUCAAUCGGCUUUUAAGGGGAAAAGCGCAGAUUUGGCAAGUCUCAAGGGUUGUCGGCGCCGUCGGAGGCGAUGUCGUUCUGCUCCAGGUUGAGAAAGUAGUCCUUUGCUCCUGCGCAGACUGCGUUCGCCCUUCCAGGGUGAGCCACAGCACGGGUUUCGUGACACUCUUCGGCCUGAUGCGCCCCAACGCGAGCCAAGAAAAAGUUUGGCUUUUCUUUAUUUUUCCUCAAACGUCGAGCGAGCACUCUGUUCCACUCUGUUCCGAUCACCAACUAGCACGUGACAACCCAAUAAGGGGCGUGGCAUCCACCCCCUCAACGCCUUCUUCCCGCUAGUGAAAUUGCCCCUCUUUUUGCUUUGCCAGUCACAAGAGUAAGACUUGAUUUUUAUUUGCAAAGUCGUUCUCGUCAGUAAUCUAAUUUACGACAGAUUUCACGAUCGAAAGAUGUUUUUCUCUGUUAGUCACUUGCCAGCAAUAAACUAUUUAGACUCAA